AUGGCACCCAAAGAGAAUUGGGAAAAGUACGAGAAGAAGGCUACCGAUGACAAGGAGGAAAAAAUCGUAGCCCUCGACGAGUCUGAUAUCCAGAUCCUCAAGACCUACGGCCAAGGACCUUAUUCUCUCCAGCUCAAGAAGAUUGAGAAGGACCUGAACGAGAUCCAGAAACGUGUCAAUGAGAAGAUUGGUAUUAGAGAGUCGGACACGGGGUUGGCGCCUGCGAACUUGUGGGAUAUUGCGGCGGACAAGCAGAGGGGUGGGAGGCCUUUCCAGGUGGCGAGGUGUCAGACUAUCAUCAAGUCUGCGAACCAACAGCCGGCAGACCAGCCGUUGAACCCUCAAGAUGGCGCGGGAGCGGGUAACCCGGAUGGAGACCGAUAUGUCAUCUCUAUCAAGCAGGUGGCCAAGUUUGUCGUCGGUCUUGGGGAUGAUGUCUCGCCUACUGAUGUUGAGGAGGGUAUGCGGGUUGGUGUCGACCAAGUGACUUACAAGAUCAUGAUCCCCUUACCACCCAGAAUCGACCCUUCCGUCACCAUGAUGCAAGUCGAGGAGCGCCCCUCCAUCACGUAUGCCGAUGUUGGUGGAUGCAAGGAGCAGAUUGAAAAGUUGCGGGAAGUUGUCGAGCUGCCCUUAUUAGAGCCCGAGCGAUUCGUCAACCUUGGUAUCGAGCCUCCCAAGGGUGUCCUUCUCUACGGCCCUCCCGGUACCGGUAAGACACUCUGUGCCCGAGCCGUCGCCAACCGAACCGACUCUACUUUUAUCCGUGUCAUCGGUUCCGAGCUUGUGCAGAAAUACAUUGGUGAAGGUGCCCGUAUGGUCCGAGAACUGUUCGAGAUGGCCCGCUCAAAGAAAGCGUGUAUCAUCUUCUUUGAUGAGAUUGAUGCCGUUGGAGGAGCGCGAUUCGAUGACGGUGCCGGCGGUGAUAAUGAGGUGCAGAGGACGAUGUUGGAGUUGAUCAACCAGCUUGAUGGCUUCGACCCCAGAGGAAACAUCAAGGUCAUCAUGGCUACCAACAGACCCGACACCCUCGAUCCCGCCCUUCUUCGUCCCGGACGUCUCGACCGUAAAGUCGAAUUCUCCCUCCCCGACAACGAAGGCCGUACCCACAUCCUCCGAAUCCACGGCAAAUCCAUGUCUGUCGAGCGCGACAUACGAUACGAGCUCAUUGCGCGUCUGUGUCCCAACGCCACCGGUGCCGAGCUCAAGGCGGUGGCUACAGAGGCGGGUAUGUUUGCCAUCAGGGCGAGGAGAAAGGUGGCGACCGAGAGGGACUUUUUGGAUGCGGUGGAAAAGGUCAUCAGGCAGGGUACCAAGUUUUCGAGUACUGCGUUGUAUGCGCAGUACAACUAG